CUAGAGGGUUGCAACUCGCUGACCACUCUAGACCUGGGGAACAACAUGUUCUUUGGUGUUAUCCCUCCAUGGAUUGGGAGUCAAGUUCCAAUGCUUAGAAUCCUUAGUCUCAGAUCAAACAACUUCACUGGAGAAAUUCCUCUAGGUUUAUCACAGCUUUCACAACUUCGGUUGCUCGACAUGUCCAACAAUAGCUUGACUGGCUCGAUUCCUAUAGGCUUCGGCAACUUGACCUCCAUGAGGCACCCACAAAAUGUUUCAGCAAUAGAUAAAUUGUUGUGGGGUAAAUAUGAGGACAGACUUGGCAUAAUCUGGAAGGGCCAGGAUCAGACUUUCAGAGGCACAAUCCGAUUAUUAGCCGGUAUUGAUUUAUCAGACAAUUUGCUAUCACAAUGCAUCCCCGAAGAGUUAACCAAUCUUCAGGGCCUUCGGUUCCUAAACCUUUCAAGAAACCAUCUGUCGUGCCGCAUUCCCCAGGACAUUGGUAGCCUCUCUUUUCUUGAGAUCCUUGAUCUAUCAUCUAAUCAACUUUUUGGAAACAUUCCUCAAAGCAUCACACGAUUAUCAGGGCUCAACACGUUAAAUGUCUCGAACAAUCUUUUGUCGGGCAAGAUACCCACCGGGAAUCAGAUUCAGACCCUGACUGACCCAUCAAUUUACUCCAACAAUUCUGGGCUCUGUGGAUUUCCUCUAAUCAUUUCAUGUACGAAUACUUCGCUUGCACCGGAUGAGAGAAAUGGUGAAGAGGAGGACCACUGGAUGUACUACUGUGUGAUUGCUGGGAUUGUGUCUGGUCUCUGGUUGUGGUUUGGGAUGCUCUUUACAGUUAAGUCCUGGAGAUGUGGUUUUCUUUCCUUUGUUGAUGGCAUGCAAUGUAAAAUUAUGAAAAAGUUGUGA